AUGGCAGAAGUAGCUCCAGCUCCAGCCGCGCCCAAAGCAGCCAAGAAGAAGGCGUCCAAGCCGAAGAAGGUCGGUCCCAGCGUCUCUGACCUCAUCGUGAAAACUGUGGCCGCUUCCAAGGAGCGGAGCGGCGUGUCUACUGCAGCCGUCAAGAAGGCUCUGACCGCCGGGGGAUACGAUGUGGACAAGAACAAUGCCCGCGUCAAGACCGCCAUCAAGAGCCUGGUGGCCAAGGGGACUCUGGUCCAGAUCAAGGGGAUCGGGGCCUCUGGCUCCUUCAAGAUGAGCAAGACGACCGCCGACAAACCGGCAAAGAAAGCCGCUCCGAAAGCCAAGAAGCCCACUGCGAAGAAACCCGCAGCGGCCAAAAAGCCCAAAGCAGCGGCAGUGAAGAAGGUUGUAGCCGCUAAGAAGUCACCGAAGAAGGCCACGAAACCCGCAGCGGCCAAGAAGGUAGCCAAGAUCCCCAAGAAGGUGGCCAAGAGCCCCAAGAACGUAGCAAAGAGCCCCAAGAAGGUGGCCAAGAGCCCCAAGAAGGUGGUGAAAAAGGCCCCCGCAGCCAAGAAAGUCCCCGUUAAGAAAGCUGCUAAGCCCAAAGCCAAGAAAGCUGCACCCAAGAAGAAGUGAGCUCAUCCUGAGGAAAAAGCAAAGCUUCUAUAA